GAGUUGCGCUGCCGUCAGUUCGCCGCACGGAGCCUCCGCUUCACAUGAAGCUGAAAGUUGGAGCUUCAUUUGAUGCAGACAGUUCACAUCAGAAACCUUUGUGGAGUGCUAAGAUUAGCGUCGAAAGUGCAUGUUCCGCCUUAAUCUGACAAAACUACACUCAGAACUGCACGAAUGCUUAUAUAAAAUCGACAGUAACAGGGUAGUAGUUCUAACAGUCAUUUUUUUACAUGUACAUUAUUAUAUUAGCUGGCUAGCUAUAUUAGCCUGCUAACUAGAAUUGAUAUCGCUAUUAUUGGUAGCGAGCAAGCUACGGCGUUUUCUGUUAGCUACUUGCUAGCAACUUAGCUGGUUUUAUAUCUGGAACCCGUUUAUCUAGCCGACGAGCUGGUUUGCAGAUUAAAUUGUUAAAAUGCCGGCGAUGUUAGAAAAAGGUACCGGGGAGAUUUCAGGUAAAAGAAGAGGCAGGCAUUCGGUUAAUAACCCCAAUAAUAAAAGUUUUGCAGCUAAUGGGAAUAGCAGCAACUCCUGGGAAGACGGAAGCUCGGGUUCGUCCAGCGAUGAUGAGCACGGUGCUGGAGGGAUGCGUGUCGGGCCUCAGUAUCAAGCCAGUGUUCCGGAUUAUGAUCCAGAGGUGGCCAAGGCCAGUCAGGAGCGGGAGAAUCUGGGCAUGCUGGUGUGGUUCCCCAACCAGAGCCUCGCUGAGGCCAAGCUGGACGAGUACAUCUCGAUCGCUAAGGAGCGACACGGCUACAAUAUGGAGCAGGCUCUGGGCAUGCUGUUCUGGCACAAGCACAACAUCGAGAAGUCUCUGGCGGACCUGCCCAACUUCACGCCCUUCCCAGACGAGUGGACAGUGGAGGACCGGGUGCUGUUCGAGCAGGGCUUCGGCUUCCACGGGAAGACCUUCCACCGAAUCCAGCAGAUGCUGCCGGAUAAGUCGAUUGCCAGCCUGGUGCGGUUUUAUUAUUCCUGGAAGAAAACGCGCAGCAAGACCAGUGUGAUGGACCGGCACGCUCGCAAACACAAGAGAGACCGCGAGGAGAGCGAGGAUGAGAUGGAGGAGAAUGGAGGAAGUUCUCCCAGUGACCUGGAGAUCGACCCCAACAAGGAGGAGAAGAAAGAGGUGUGUUAAACACAGCACUGUCCGGCUCAUGUGAAGAAGGAGCCUCUGGGGCCUCCAGGGAAGCACCCCCACCGCGCCAAGAAGAAGCCCCCCAAGGGCAUGCACCUCACCCAGCCCGACGUGUCUGCCAUGUCCUCCAGCACCCCGGCUGCCGUCAACGUCCUGAGACAGCUCGACAUGGAGCUCAUCUCCAUCAAACGCCAGAUCCAGAGCAUUAAACAGACCAACAGUGCCUUGCGGGAGAAGCUGGAGGUGGGAGUGGACAUGUACCGGCUGCCAGAGGUCGCUCAGAAGUUUAAUGCUCGAUGGACCACCGAGGAGCAGCUCCUGGCAGUACAAGCCAUCAGAAAGUAUGGGCGGGACUUCCAGGCCAUCUCGGACGUGAUCGGUAACAAGUCGGUGGUGCAGGUAAAGAACUUCUUUGCGAACUACCGGCGGCGCUUCAACCUGGACGAGGUGCUGCAGGAGUGGGAGGCGGAGCAUGGGGGCGAGCCGGCCAAUAGCGCAGAGGAGGAGAAGAUGGACCUGUCACCUGAGGAGGGCGUGGCAGCUACCAAACUGAGAGGAACUGAACUGCCAGAGGAACCGGAGGAGGUAUCUCCCCCAAUGGACACACCUUUCCCAUCAGCCUCCUGAAGCCUGCUGACUCCGCCCCUCAGGCCUCCUGACUCCGCCCCUUGAUCCACUGUGGCAUGGUGUGACACGCCCACCUGUCUGGACUUUUUUUUUUUACAAAGACGCCCCUCUCCCUGAAACCCCACCCCUUUUCCUGAAACCCCACCCCCUCUCCCCAAAACCCCACCCCCUCUCCCCAAAACCCCACCCCCUCUCCACGGCCGUCUGAACAAAAGCAGCUGCCACCAAAUAAAGUGUCUGUUUCCAUGGAGACAGACAGUGUGCCCAAACAGUGCUGCCAGGAGGACCGCUCGCUCACACACACACACACACACACACACACACACACACACACACAAACACACUAUAUACACACACACACACACACACUAUGUACACACACGCACGCUCUCUCACACACAUACAUAGCAGGUCUGUUGGAGUAUAUACAGUAACACAGUUCUGUAUCUCUGUUCUCCAGCAGAUUGCAUUUCACACCGUGAAUAUCAGCAGUAAUCCAUGUUGGGUGAGCUGUGUCGGAAUUACAGCCCUUUUUAUACAUUGUCCCCCAAUUUAAGGGGCCCAAAGUAACUGGACAAAUUAACAAUAUCUUAAGUAAUCAUUUAGUAUUUGGUUGUAAAUACAUUGCAUUCAAUGCGACAGACAUCAGCAGGCGCUGGGUGUCUUCCCUAGUGCUGCUCUGCCAGGCCUGUGCAUGCAGCCCUCUUCAGUUCCUGUUUGUUUCUGGGGAUUUUUUCAGUGUAACACGUGAAAUGUUCCAAUUCGAUUCAGGUAGGGUGAUUGAUUUUGGCCAGACAAGAACAUUUUGGCCGUGAAAAAACAAAAAAAAAAACCUUGGUUGCUUGAGCAGUUGUUUGAGAUCCUCGUGGUGUUCUGAGGUAUUUGGUUGGAUCUGAGCAGAUGGGAUGUUUCUGUGCACUUCGGAGUUCACCCUGCUGAUGCUGUCGGCAGUCUCAUCAUCAAUGAGCCAGCUCCAGUGGCAGCCAUGCAUGCCCAAGCCAGGACACCCCCUGCACCGUGUUUCACAGAUGAGGUGGUAUGCUGUGGACCAUGAGCUGUCCCUUUCUUUCUUCACACUUUUCUCUCCAUCACUUUGGUGCUCGUUAUUACUCAUCGGUUCAUAAGAAAUUAUUUCAGAGCUGUGCAGUUUUUCAAAAAUGUACUUUGUGGCAGUCUUACCUGCCCGUUUGUUCUUGAGGCUUAUCAGUGCUCUGCAUCUUGUGGUGAACCCUCUGAGGUUAUUCUGGUGUAGUACUCCGUUUACGGUAGUCUAACACAUCUCUGCCGACAUCCUGGAGUGGGUUCUUGAUUAAUUUGACAGUUGAAAAGAUUUUUAAGAAGCGUUCAACACUUGAUUUUGACACAUCUCAUGUUUUGACCAUGUCUCUAAUUUAUAUAUUGAGAUUUCUACCCAAUGGUGGCCUGCUUUACUGGCAUGACACUCCUUUGGUCCUCGUGUUGAGAGAAUCAGCUCUAGAACUUUUCCUAGCUUUCUUGUGCAUGAACUAAUGAUGCAACGACACAAAGCUGGCCAAGAAACAGCUGAGCAGCCAACUGGUCCCCUAAAAUGGGGGGAGGGGAGGCUUUGUGUCAAAAGAGCUGUAAUUCCUACACCGAUCAUUUGAUAUAGACCCUCCCAUUAAAGGAGUCGUGAGUGUGAGUGUGAGUGUGAGUGUGAGUGUGAGUGUGAGUGUGAGUGUGAGUGUGAGUGUGAGUGUGAGUGUGUGUGUGUAAUGUUGUGGUCAGGGAGUGGCACAGA